AUGCCCCACUCAGAAGACAUCCCACGCUGCGUUCUCACCGAAUUGAAAGGCCCCGAGACUCAAAACCCCUUCUUCCGGAUAUGCGUGACCGGAACUGGCAGUGAUGGGCAGGGUGAGGUCACGUUCGAUGUUUACGACGAAGGCUUGAUCAAAGGUCUGAGAUUCUUGAAACCUGAAGGGCCCAUACAGACACUGUUCCCCGGCGUACAGCCCGAUCCCGUCACACAGCCUGCCACUGCCAAGCUGUUCGGCUCUUCGAGGACCUCGGUUCCAAGAACAGAGAAGACCCAUACGCCCAGCAACGCGUCCUCUAUCCCAUAUGAUGAGGGUACAAUUGUUGCGGCAAAGAGAUUAAUCCUCAUCACCAACUACUACGAGAUUGAGGAGGAUCCCUACUCCAUCGACGUCAGCCGAGCUUUCAAUCUGACUGCAAUUGCUGCCAAAGUCGGAGGAAGCAUCUCCCAGUCCCUGGCCGAAGACGAGUUGCCAGGCUGGGUGAGGUUCAAACGUCACCAUCGAUCUGACGGGGCUCUGACACAGCUUGGGAUCCGUCCCGCCGUCCGAACACAGGAGGCUGUCAGUGGGCGUCGUGCAAGAGAGCUGAGCAAGACGACCGCCGUCGCUUCGAACUCGGCGCCCACGCUGACACCAGUCGAUGUGUCCGAGGACUCGUCCGAGACCAUGUUUCUGAGGAAGGUCAUGGAGGACUUUGGCUUGCAGCGAUCCCCACACGUCUGCCUAUGCGGGGCGGAGUCCCGCCAGACGGAGCUGACCAUGGAGGACAUCGAGGCUGUGCUGGACUUGGGUGUCACCGAUGAGGUGGGGCCGCAGAAGAUGGCUGGGGUCGAGCCUGACAUCUUACAAGCAGAUGAUCCCUGGCCGAGCCGCUUCCUGCCACAUUUGAAACCUGAAACACACGGGGUAAGAGCCCCACGUCACCCCCUUACGGCACUCUUCAGGAACGAGGCACGGCGCCGAGAACUCUGA